AUGUCAGGACCAAACGCCUACGGCACUCCGGUGUCGGACACGGCCUUCCGCAAAACCUGGGAUCGUGAAGAAUACGCCAAAAAAGCAGCCGACGAUGAAGCCAAGCGCAAAGCUGAAGGCAAAGCCCGCUACGAAGCGAAGCUCCUGGGCAAGAAAUAUCACGCACCAGUCGACUACAGCACGCUUGAAGAAACCACAGCCCGCAAGCAGCGCUUGGACGUCGCGUCAAUGGUCGGCAAGACAAUGAUUGUGCCCGCGGGCGCGGGAAUGGGCAAGCGUGGACCCGGUGCUGGAUUCUACUGCAAGGACUGUGAUCUUACAUACAAAGAUAACUUGCAGCUUGUGGAACAUUUGAACAGCAAGCAGCAUUUGAUUGCGACGGGGCAGAGUGGCGAGGUGAAGAGAGCCAGUGUUGAGGACGUGCGUAUGCGGUUGAGGAUGCUUGCGCAUAGGAAACGUCAGAGGGACGAAGAAGAGCGUAAGGCUUGGCAGCUUGAUCUUGGGGUACGGCUCAAGGAGCGGGAAGAGCUUGAUGCUAAGGAGAGGGAGGAGAACAGGCGCAAGCGGAGUGAGAAGCGGAAGAAGGUUAAGCAGGAAGAUGACAGCUGGGAGGGCCGGUUGGGAAUCAUUGCUUGA